GCUCCACCUCCGAGGUAUGUAUGAAAUUCUUCGUAGACAACUAUUUUGUUGGUCUCAUCCAUCCGGAGUUCUGCGGGACUCUGCUCCAACACCCCGAGGCUUUUGUCAAAGGCGUAGAUCCGUCUUCCGAAAAGCCCUGUAUCAGGCUCAAUCCGAACCUAAAAAGCUUUGCCGAACGGACUGCUGCCGUGGAAGAUCACUACGGCGUGUAUGUCAACGGGCGGACAGAGGCUCUACUCUCAAUCGAACGGACUGCCUCGAGAGUUCUUGGUACCAACAGACAUAAUGUUCACAUCAACGGAUACACUUUCCUUAACGAUGGUCUGCCCUCUGCCAGGAGGCAAACAACUCUCUCGGAUAUUUUGGCCAUGAAUAUUGAAGGAGACGAAACUGAGCCUGAACUCAAACUGAGCAAUGUGCCUCACAAUCUUCGUAUAUGGAUUACUAGACGCUCUCCUAGUCGCCCAAAAUAUCCUAAUCUUCUUGACAAUCUGGUACGUACUGCCGUAAUAUGUCCUCUCUCUUUCUUAGUCCAAAUUUAUGACCCUCAUCUUCCUUCUUUCACCUUCUGUCCUACAUUUACUGACUACGGCCUUUGCAGUUAUCCGCCCUACGCUCCAUCUUCAUACUUUAACCCUAAGUCCCCCCUCCCCCCCGAUUAUGGCAGUAAUUCCUUGGCUGUGAGCAACGAGGUCCGCACCGUCCCGUAA